UUGAGCCAUCGGUUUUGACGUGGCUGGAUUUUUACCCGGUUUCUCAAGAAAAUCAUAUUUUAUGCCCAAAAAUAUAACAUUUUUUAUGACUUAAGCCCUCCGGUAGAAUUCUUUAGUUAACAAUGUCUUCGGACUUUGGAAAUCCGCUUAGGAAGUUCAAGCUUGUGUUUUUGGGAGAGCAAAGCGUUGGUAAAACGUCUCUAAUCACUAGGUUUAUGUAUGAUAGCUUUGAUAACACUUAUCAGGCAACUAUUGGAAUUGACUUUUUGUCAAAAACAAUGUAUUUGGAAGAUCGAACUGUUAGAUUACAGUUAUGGGAUACAGCUGGACAAGAGCGUUUCCGUAGCUUAAUACCAAGUUAUAUCAGAGACUCUAGUGUAGCUGUUGUAGUUUAUGAUAUUACAAAUUACAAUUCAUUUCAACAAACUUCAAAAUGGAUAGACGAUGUGCGAACAGAAAGAGGCAAUGAUGUUAUUAUAAUGUUAGUUGGAAAUAAAACAGAUUUGUCUGAUAAAAGGCAAGUAACUACAGAGGAAGGGGAACGAAAAGCCAAAGAAUUAAAUGUGAUGUUUAUAGAAACUAGUGCAAAGGCAGGAUACAAUGUCAAGCAGCUUUUCAGGAGAGUUGCUGCUGCGCUACCAGGAAUGGAAAGUACUACAGACAAGACUAAUAAGGAGGACCUGAUAGAAGUAAAACUUAAGGACACUCCACAAGAACCACCCCAACAGACUGGGGGAUGUUUCUGUUAGGUUUAACCUAACUUUAGCCAACCUCCUUGUAGCCAAAGUACGAUAUACAAACAACCAGCUGCUUGCAAGCAUGAAUUACCAUCAAGUUUAAGCAUUAGUGACUUCUGUUAUUUGCUGACAGUAGCUUUGUUGAUAGAAUAUCUGGUUAACAUUGAAUAUAUGAAGAAAUGAACCCUUGACAAUUUCAAUACUCCAUAUUUCGAUUCCCAGCACCAUCUUGAAAGGUAGUUUGCAUCAAAACAAAACAUUGGUUGUGCUUGCCAUGAUAGAUACCUGUGAAUGAUACCUUAGGUAUAAAUGGACGUUAUCUUUCACUGCAUGUUGGACUCGUGUGAUGUCUCAAUUACCUUUCACGGUGGUGCUGGGAAAUGUAGAAUGGAGUAAUGCAUUGCACAGUGCAGAUUUUAUUGUCAAGCAUUUAAACGAUAUUAUUUGGUUAAGCUGAGAGGGAAGAUUGUAGUUAAUUUGUAAAAUAGUGAGAGCAAACAARGAUUUGUUGUUUUAUACAAAAUUAACGGUAACCAGUACAAUCAAAACUGAAUGAAUGUGAAUUAUUGAUUGAUUUUAUUGACCACACKGUCAAAUUCUUCAAAUAGAAACCUGGCAAGGAUAUAGGAAAUGAAAUGAAACAAACGGCAAAAAGCUAUUCUGGUGUGUAUCACACAUGAACUAGCAGAGGUUGGUUAAAGUAGCCAAGAAUGUCAACCCUCGUAAUCUAAAAACAAAUUUUUUGGAUUUUGUUCCAAAACAUAUUUUUAUGUGCAAAGCUAGGCAGUUGCAAUCAUAGCAAUAAAAUCUAAUGACCUGUGAAGUACUGUGAGUAUUUACAUUAAAUUUAACUGUC